AUGGGGACGUGUCGCUCGGGCCACGCCCCUGAAGCCCCGCCCACGGCCCCGCCCAAAGAGGCCCCGCCCACGGGCCCGCCAAAUGAGUCCAGGCCCCCGCGCGCCGCCUGGCGGCCCUCCUCGGCCACGCUCCCCGAAGCCCCGCCCACUGUCCCGCCCAAUCAGGGCCACGCCCCUAAAAUCAAGCUCCCUGAGGGCGCCCCCCCCCCCCGCGUGGGGCCACGCGUGUCGUGCAGCGCCCCUGACCCCGCCCCCUUAAGCCCCGCCCACGGGCUCCCGGCCCCGCCCAAUGAGGACACGCCCUGGCUGGGGCCACGCCCCCAUGAGUCUGGGCCCGCCCCGAUCAUCGGUCCCGCCCCUAACCCCAUCUUAGCCACGCCCACUCUGGUCACUCCCCCUGCACUCACGCUGGAAAGGACCCCCGGGAGCAGCGACGUCUACGACGUCUCCGUCUGCCAUUUGGAAGACGUGUGA